AUGACAAAUCUGAGCCACCCUUCUGAAUUUGUGCUCUUGGGUUUCUCCUCUUUUGGUGAGCUGCAAGUUCUGCUGUGUGGGCCUUUCCUCAUGCUUUAUCUUCUUGCCUUCCUGGGAAACACUGUCAUCAUAGUCACAGUCAUAGCCAACACCAACCUACAUACUCCCAUGUACUUCUUCCCGGGUAACUUUUCACUGCUGGAGACCUUGGUGACCAUAACUACAGUGCCUAGGAUGCUUUCAGACAUGCUGGUACCCUGCAAAGUCAUUUCCUUCAAUGGCUGCAUGGCCCAGUUCUACUUCUACUUUUCCCUGGGUUCCACCUCCUUCCUCAUCCUGUCAGACAUGGCUCUUGACCGCUUUGUGGCCAUCUGCCAUCCACUGCGCUGUGGAACUUUGAUGAGCUGGGAUGUGUGUAUCCAGUUGGCAGGGGCUUCCUGGGCAGCUCCUUUCUUAGCCAUGGUGCCCACUGUCUUCUCCCAGGCUUAUCUCAGUUAUUGCCAUGACAACAUCAUUAACCACUUCUUCUGUGACAAUGCACCUCUGCUGCAACUGUCCUGCUCAGACACCAGCCUGCAGGAAUUCUGGGAAUUUGUGAUGGCCUUAGCCUUUGUCCUCAGUUCCUUCCUGGUGACCCUCAUCUCCUAUGGCUAUAUUGUGACCACUGUGCUGAGGAUCCCCUCUGCUAGUGGCCAUCAGAAGGCUUUCUCAACCUGUGGAUCCCACCUCACCUUGGUCUUCAUUGGCUACAGGUCUGGCACCAUCUUCCUUCAUGUCAGGUCUGGCAAAGAACAUUCUAUGGAAGUCAACAAGACUGUAGCCUUGGUGACAUCAGUCCUCACCCCCUUUCUCAAUAUCUUUAUCCUUACCCUCUGCAAUGAGACAGUCAAGGAAGUGCUACGGGGGCAGAUGCAGAGGCUUAAAGGCCUCCACAAGGCUCUAUGA